AUGAAAUUGAAAUUACAUGGUACUAAUUUAGACGUAUUAUAUCAAACAUUAAUGUUAAUUAAUAAUUUACGUAAAUUUAUAAUAAUUAGAUUUACUAAUGAUCAAUUAAUUAUUAUCCUGCAAAAUAAUUCAAAUGGUGAACCACAAGUUUGGUGUAAAUUAAAUAUUAAAAUAUUAUUUGAUGAUAUUGAUAUUCAAAGUAUUAGAGAUAAUACUAUAACUAUUGAAUUAAAUAUUGAUCUAUUAUUACAAACUCUAAGAAACUUUGAUAAAGCAAAUAGUGAUGGUUUAUUUAUAAGAUUGCAAAGAAAAGAUUCUGGUACUGGAACCACAGCUGGUCAUGGAGAUACUGGUGGUGGUGGACGCACGGCAUCAUUAGCUUUAUUUUAUGUUAAUAUUAAUCAAAAUUCAAAUGUUGUAAAUCAUAUCUUUAGAAUUCCAAUCAAAAUAUUAAAGAAUGGGAAUGAUUUAUUGCAUGAACCAGAACAUAGUAAUAUUGGUUUAGUAUUGAAAUUACCAAAUCAAUUUCUGAAUAUGUAUAAACGAUUAGAUAAAUUUAAACGAUCUACGGGAGUUACUGGUACUAGUAAUGAUACUGUAACUAUUAAAGCAAGUAAGAAUAACGGUGGAUAUUUAGGAUUCAUAUUAGAAGAAGAUGGUAAGUUUAAAGUUACUAUUAGCUGGAAUGAUAAAUUAGAAGUACAGAAACCAAAUAAUAAUCAAGUAAUAGAUCAUGAUUCUCUUAGAGAUACAAUGUAUCAUCCACAAGAUCAACCAGAUGAAGAACAAGAAGGAACUAGUGAUAAUGAUGAUAUGGAGAUAACUGUUAGAUUAAGAGAUUGGCAAAUGGGUAGUAAAUUAGUUAGUCAAUGUCAUAGUGUUUUAUUAUUAAUAGGAGAUAAGGAUUGUGCUUUAGUUUGUUCAUUAGAUGGUGAUAAUGAUGAUUGUGAAAUUGUUUAUUAUAUUAAUGGCUUAAGGAAAUAUUGA